AUGGUCGCCACUACCUUACUGAGUUUCAAGUCCCACAAUUUAGAUCAUGGGGUCGACAGCCAUAACUUAGUCGGUACUUACAAACUUAGCCAUAACUUAGUCGGUACUUACACACUUAGCCAUAACUUAGUCGGUACUUACACACUUAGCCAUAACUUAGUCGGUACUUACACACUUAGCCAUAACUUAGUCGGUACUUACACACUUAGCCAUAACUUAGUCGGUACUUACACACUUAGCCAUAACUUAGUCGGUACUUACACACUUAGCCAUAACUUAGUCGGUACUUACACACUUAGCCAUAACUUAGUCGGUACUUACACACUUAGCCAUAACUUAGUCGGUACUUACACACUUAGCCAUAACUUAGUCGGUACUUACACACUUAGCCAUAACUUAGUCGGUACUUACACACUUAGCCAUAACUUGGUCGGUACUUACACACUUAGCCAUAACUUAGUCGGUACUUACACACUUAGCCAUAACUUAGUCGGUACUUACACACUUAGCCAUAACUUAGUCGGUACUUACACACUUAGCCAUAACUUAGUCGGUACUUACACACUUAGCCAUAACUUAGUCGGUACUUACACACUUAGCCAUAACUUAGUCGGUACUUACACACUUAGCCAUAACUUAGUCGGUACUUACACACUUAGC